AUGGAUGAUUCAAUGAACGAAGAUGAAUAUCCACAGGCGAAGUUAUUGGGAAAAUAUGAAAAAGCCCAUAAACGAUCAAUAAUUGCUCUUGGUAGCUUUUGUUUCGGAGCACAAACCGGUGUGAUUUCGAUAUCACAUGACUCAUCAAAACUCUGGAUUAUGUACGAUAAACGAGCAGAGGAAUCAGUCUCUCUCGACGAAAAGAUGAACUUAUAUUCAUGGAAGACUGCUGUCCAGUCUGCUGAAGUUUCUGAGGAUGGACAGUAUCUCGUAGUUAUUGCAAUGGAUGCACAGGUUUACGAAACCGAAUUGAUUACAUCUGUGAAGUUACAAGAACAUGACAAUGAAUAUCUCGAAGCAACCUUUUGUGCAGUUUCACCACGGAAAGAUAAAUACAUUACUGCUUCUUAUUCGGGAUAUCUUAGUGAAUUCAAAAGUUUUGCUCGGGAUCCAGUACGACGUGAACCAUAUCCCAAUGUUAAACAAAUCAGCCAUAUGAAGUUUAGUCGCGAUGCGAAGUUCUUAGCUAUCGGACAUCUUGACGGUGGAAUUGAUUUGUUAUACGCAGAAGAUUUCAAAAACUAUCACAAAUAUGAAGUUCACUCGAUGAGAAUUCGGAAAAUUGAGUUCCUACCUGGAGAUGAUCGAUUUUUGACAGCAUGCGACGACCGUCUAAUCAAAUUGAAUUCGGUUGCCGAUUUUAGCCACGAAACAGAUCCAUCUCGUUCGACAAAAGCGAUACGAGUAUACUCUGCUCAUGAUGCUCCAGUUAUCGGAUUGACCAUUGAUGUGAAAUCAGGUGGAACGAGAUUUGCCAGCUCAUCUUCUUCUUCUCAGAUUUUCGUUUGGCAUAUUGAAUUGGCUACACCAAUUAUGUCAAUAGUGAACGAUCAUACAUCGGCAGUGACAGCUCUCUCAUUUUCACCAUCCAGUCGUCAUUUGAUAUCAGGAGGUGACGACGCAAUGAUCUGUGUCUACGGUAUUCCAGGAGUUGGGGAGGAAAGUCCUGAGCAUGAGCAUGCUCAGGAAGAGGAGGAGUUAAGUGAUGAACAUGAUGAUCAACAAGAAAACGAGCCACCUAGUGGUUAUAGUCAAUCAGCGGAACAAAGUGAUUUUGCUAAUCAUAAUGAGGACACAGAAGCCACUCCAACAGCUCAGUAUCAAGAAUACAAUCCAUAUGCGGAGCCACGUACUCCACCACAAGAAGAAAAUGAUGAUGAUCUUGGAGAUUAUGUUUACAACACGACUACUCAACGUAGCGAUGAACCAACAUCAGCAUCACAUGAUGAAUACAAUCCGGCAUCAUAG